GCAGAGCCAAUCGCAGCGCACCUUCUCCCGUUCCCUCGCCCUCCCCGCGGGCAGCGCGCUCCCGUUGCUGGGCAACGCGCGCACGGGGGGAGCCGGCCCGCCCCGCCAUGCUGAAGGCCAAGGUGCUGCUGGUGGGGCCCCGUGAGUCUGGGAAAUCGGUGUUGGCAAAUUUUGUUUCGGAGAGCACAGAAGGCAUCGGUAGCUAUAGCCCGACGCAAGGAGUAAGGAUCCUGGAGUAUGAGAAGCCGAGCUUGAAUGGUAACAGCAAAGGAACUGGGUGUCGAUUUGAGUUGUGGGAUUGCAGUGGUGAUCAAAAGUUUGAAACAUGCUGGCCAGCUCUGAUGAAGGACACUCAUGGCGUAAUAAUCAUAUUCAAUCCUGAGCUGCCCAGUCACCUGAAAGAAAUUGAAAUGUGGUACUCCUGCUUUGUGCAGCAGCAGCCACUGCUUGAUAGUCAGUGUCUCCUGGUUGCACAUCACAAACCAGGCAGUGCAGGGGACACGGAAAAUCUGUCCUUGGCUUACCCACUGAACAAGCUAAAACUCAUACAUUCCAACUUGGAAGAAGAUCCUGAAGAUGUUCGGAUGGAAUUUAUUAAAUACUUCAAAACCAUUAUCACCUUAAUAAAUGAGAGCAGAGAGAGGGAAGAAAUGUCAAUUAUCUCCUAAUAUUAAAAGAAAUACUGAACAGGGAAGAAAAAGGAUUAUUUUUAGUUGGUAAGCUAUGCCGGCCUGUGAACAGAUCCUCACAACGAGAAUUUGCCAGCCUAUAAACACUUCAGAGAAAAUAAUCCACAAUUCAGGACUUCACCAGAAGAAAACAAGUGCUGACAUCAGAUGAAGUGUGGUGCCAAAGAGAUGUCUGCACAUCCAGAAUUGGGGCAACUUGACUUUAGCUGCACAUUGGUUUCAUUUUUAUCAGAGGUACAGGAAGGUGCUGUUUAAUACAUUAGUGGGGACCAAAAGAUAAAGGUAUUGGUCAUCACUUCAGCAUCCCGUUUUGUAGAGGUGCUAAGAGAAGAAAGCCUGACAGAACAUAAGAUUUGUGGAGUUCCGUUGAAGCGUCUGAGUCAAGUGCUCAUACUAGUGGUGUGCCUGGAGAAGUGACACUUUUGGAAGUCAGUACAAACUGAUUGGAAUAGAGAUCUGGGUAGUCAUUGUGGUGUGGAAUGCACAUUUUAAUGUUCCAAGUUCUCCUUAUCUUCCUGUCCAGCAUCUGAAGAGAGCAGAUUUCGUAGCUAUUGCCUUGGUAAGACAGAGUCCGCUGCAGUCUUUCUCAGGACUGCGUUUUUCUUCUAUUCCAACAAAAGAAACGUAUUGCUGGGGACAAUGUUUAGGUCUUUCUGGGAGGGAAAGCAUUGAAAUCUCAAUGUAGUGCAAUACUUUGACCCAUGGCAGGAGCUCCAAUGGAGAAAAAGAUGUUCUGCAUUCUCUAGAGGAGGAGAAGCUGUUUAGAAACUUGUAUUACUGUUCCCUGUUGCAUUGAAAUAAGUGGUUCCAUAGAUAAUUCACUUUCUGAUUUGUUUGGUUUCCACUCAUCCCUGUUCUUAGAGAGUUUUGCUGUGGCACGUUUUUUGUAAGAUGCAGUACUAAAGCAAUAAAAACAUUUUAAAAAUGCA